AUGGCGAGCGACAAGCACUUCGGUCCUCGACUGCCGGUCCUCUUUGACUUCACCGCAGCAAUCUUCGUGUAUGCCUUCCUUCAGAUUAUCCUUUUUGUCCUCUGGAUAAAGGCCCCCGAGACAAAAGCAAGAACCUCCGUUGCGGAGCCAACAGUUGCAGUCAUAGAAGCAGUCGUCAUAGCCGUACUGUCCUAUUUCGAGCAUGUCAAAUCCACGCGGCCAUCUGUCCUCCUCAACGGGUAUCUGGCCUUGACCAUAAUCCUUGACAUUGCCCUCUCGCGAACCUUCUGGAUCCGAGAUGGCGCCAACGCCAUCGCAGGCGUCUUCACCACGUCGUCGCUCCUUUUCUGGUGGUUGAAUGGGCUGUUCUACCGGGGCGCAAAACAUCUCCUUGCCAUUGACGAUUUGGACAACAUCAACCACAAGCUGAGUUCAGGGUCACUUCAUGACAGACUGAGCGCCAGGUGGGAAAGCCACUCUAAGGAGAGUUCCUUGGCCUUGCUAUCAUGUACCUACAAGUGGCAAUUCGCUGCUGGCGUGAUCCCGAGACUCUUCUACGCAGGGUUCAACUUUGCACAGUCUUUCCUCAUUCGAGAAGUAAUCACCUUCAUCGGUAUUUCUGAUGGAGAAUGGUCCAACCAGGUUGCCAGCGGUCUGAUAGGGGCAACGGUCCUCAUCUUUGUUGGCCGUGCUAUUGCUGGUCUAUGGUAUAGACACACUGUGAACCAGAUGGUGACCAUGUACAGGGCCUCCCUAGUCUCGCUAAUUUAUCAAAAGACCCUUGAGCUGCAGACGACGAGCAUCAAGGAAAACGCCCCGGUCACGCUCAUGUCAACCGACGUUGAGCAAUUGCUGGGGGUAACUGGCCUGCACGAGAUCUGGGCUUGCUUCAUCGAGCUCCCGGUCGGAAUUUACAUUUUAUACCGUCAAGUCGGACUGCCGAGCUUGUUCAUCUUGAUCCCCACAAUCGUCACAACUCUUCUAAGUGGCGCUCUGGCCCCGGCUAUGGAACCAGCCCAGAUGGCAUGGAAUGCAGCUGUUCAGGAGCGAAUUGGACAGGCAUCCGGUAGCGUCUCGUGGGACGUCACGCCGCUGAUUGUCAUCCUGGCAGCGAUCUAUUGGACGAAGGCUGGGGAAGGAUUGAGCAUCACCGAGGCAUUCACUUCGCUAUCCAUCAUCUCCCUAGCAACGCAACCCAUCAUCAUGAUUAUUGUGUCGUUGACGCAAGCCGCUGGCAUAUGCGGCUCGUUCAUCCGGAUUCAGACAUUCUUAAUGUUAAACAAGCAUGCAGAUCCCAGGUCCCCUGUGGCCCCUGAGACGAAGCGCCAGAAGGACAACCCGCCUGCGAAGGCACUCUUCCUAGGAUCUCUAGAGAUGGAGGAUAUAGUGGACAACGAUAACUCACGCUUGCAAGCCACUGGGUCCGCAGUGAAGAUCACUGACGCCUCGUUCAAGAUCGGUGAAGGAACCACAUUGCUGCGCGAUAUCAGUAUAGAGGUCCAGCGAGAGACAGUUUCAAUGAUCAUCAGUCGUGUCGGAGGCGGCAAGUCCUCACUGCUCAAAGCCAUGGUCGGUGAGCUUGCCCCAGACAGAGGCGAGGUCAGAUCAGCCUGGAAAUCUUGCGCAUAUUGCGAUCAAGCGCCUUGGCUACAGAAUAUCAGUACCAAAGACAACAUGGUUGGACAAACUCCACUCGACGAGGUCUGGCUCUCGACAGUCAUUUCAGCAUGUGCAUUGGACCGUGAUCUGUCGUUUCUACCCAAGGGCGAGGAUACUUUGGUGGGCUCAGGUGGUAUCGCCUUGAGCGGCGGCCAGAAGCAGAGAAUUGCUCUGGCUCGCGCAGUGUACUCACGGAAGAAUCUGGUCAUUCUAGACGAUGUCUUCAGCGGCCUGGAUAACAAAACCUCCCGCACUGUUUUCAAACGGCUACUGGCCCCAGAUGGCUUACUCCGGAAGAGCAAAGCAACUGUUGUUCUUUCCACAAGCAACCCCGACUUGCUCGCUGCCGCUGACCACAUCACCAUGCUCGAAGGCCACAUCGCUCGGAAUCAGGUACCCUACGAUUCUCUCAAGCCUUCUGAUUGGGGCGCUCUUACGAAUGGACCCGAGGCUCCUGAAGCAGAUGAGAAGAAGGACGAAGCCGUAAAACGUAUCGGACAGUUGGCGAGCGCUACGAAAGAUAUCCUUCAAGAGCACGAUCUGACACGUCAAACUGGUGAUUGGGAGUGCUGUAUGAUUUACUUCCGCUCACUCAGCUGGCGCUUUGCUGGCUUGUCUUUUGUCAUGAUCGCGGCCGCAGUUGGACUUGAGAUUAUGCCAAAGGUAUGGCUCAAAUUAUGGACGGAGAAGGGUGCAGCGCCCCAAGACGCAGGCUACACUGCAGGCUACGUUGCAUUCGCUGUGGCAGCCGUUCUCAUUGGGGUCACCUCUCUUGGCGCACCUCUGUACUUCUUCACGACAACUGAGAGCGGCACAAUACUGAACCGCUUCAGCCAGGACAUGACUCUGAUAGACCAGGUGCUUCCUUUCGCAGCCUACAUGACAGCCAUGCGUAUCAUUGCCUCUGGAGCUAAUUAUGUCGCAGCCGUCAUCCCGUUCAUCGCCAUGGCCCUCUUCUUUUUUCAAAGGUACUACCUUCGCACCUCGCGACAAAUGCGCUUCCUCGACCUCGAGAUGAAAGCGCCCCUGUAUACGCACUUCACAGAAACCGUCUCAGGCGUGGCCACCAUUCGCGCAUUUGGCUGGGCACGGCCAUUCCAGGAGGCGAACACGCGCAAGCUCGAUGUCUCGCAGAAGCCAUACUAUCUGAUGAUGUGCCUGCAGCUGUGGCUGCAGCUGGUUCUUGACAUGUUCGUCGCCGGCUUGGCGGUCGUAUUGGUAGCAGUUGCGCUCAAGGUCAGGAACUCGACUUCCCAGGGGGCUAUCGCCCUGGCCAUGGUCAAUCUCCUGGACUUUGGAGAGACGCUGACCAUCUUGAUUGGUCAGUGGACUGAACUCGAGACCUCGCUUGGCGCCAUUGCUCGAUUGAAGCUGUUUGUCCAAGAAACGCCAAGCGAGGACAAAAAUGAAGAAGUCGGCGGCACUUCGAACGGAGUCGACCUCUCCACUCUACCACGUCGACUUAUCCGGUCUCACCUCGCCACUGUUCCGCAAGACCCCAUUGAGAUCACGGGCAGCGUUCGCGCCAACCUCGACCCAGAGACCCAGAUACAGUGCGACGAGACCUUGGUGUCGGCUCUGCACAAGACCAAUAUCUGGCCUCUCGUGGAGGCCCGCGGCGGUUUGAAUGCGGAUAUGGCUGAAAUCCGCUUGUCCACCGGGCAGAAGCAGCUAUUCUGCCUGGCACGCUGUCUGCUCUCGCGCAGCAAGGUCCUUCUGCUUGACGAACCUACGGGCAGCGUGGAUCGUGAAGAGCGACAUGGAUAUUAG